GGAACAGUUUCAUUCAGUUUGCAAUAUGGCAGUCGUGUGUGAAUUGCAAUGUUGAAGUGUGUUAUUUGCGUUUAUUGGUUAUAACAAUUCGAUUAUAAUAGUGUCAUGUCAAUUUUAAAUGUAUUUUUCGGAUUAUGUCGGAGGUGACCCCAGGUGUGCCGAUGAAGACUUCAAUCUCGGAUGUUGAACUAGUUUCUGAAAACCAACCAAGUAUUAGGAAUAGUGAUUCUGGUAGCUCGUUUCCUACGGUUAAUGUGUCUUUGAACGAUUCAAAUAAACUAAAGCGUUCAUUUACCUUCACCAAAAAUGCCUUCAAUGGCUCAAGAAUGAGCAAAAGGAGAUCAAAGCACAGGGAUUCAAACAAGGAUAACUCCAGCAACAACAGUUCAAUGGUUAUCAGUGAUAUGGAAAACUUGGAUUCUAAUCAGAAUCAAAACAGAAAGCUUUUUAGAAAACCAUCUUGGAAUAAGUUCUUCAAUAAAUUUAUUCAGAAAGUUUCCACUUUAGGUGUCAAUAAUAAUAAAAACCUGUGUUCUAGUUACGUGUACAACAAUCGUAGACGAACACCGAUUUCACUCUCUUCGAAUGACAUUCGUGUGCCACCAACUCGUCUUGUAAAUUUCACAAAUGGUGAUAAAGUACCAGGAGUGAUAGGUCUUCGGAAUCAUGGAAACACUUGUUUUAUCAAUGCUGUUUUACAAUGUUUGAGCCAUACUGACAUCUUGGCAGAGUAUUUUGUUUUAGAUCAGUACAAAGUAGAUCUUUCCAGACGUAACAAGCUCAAUUCAAAAAAGUAUGGCACUAAAGGUGAAGUAACAGAACAAUUAGCCGUUCUUUUGAAAUCAAUUUGGUCCUGUCAGUAUGACCCAGAAAUAUCAAACAAAUUCAAACUUGUGGUUGACAAGUAUGGUAGCCAGUACAGGGGGAACAACCAACAUGAUGCCCAAGAAUUUCUGCUGUGGCUUUUGGAUAAAGUGCACGAGGAUUUGAAUACAGCUACUAAGAAGAAAUACAAAGUUAUCAAGAAUUCGUUUGGCCGACCCGACGACAUAGUGGCGGCCGAGACACUAGCCAACCACGUGCGUUGCAACAACAGCUUUGUCCACGCUGUAUUCCAGGCGCAGUUCCGGUCGUCCCUCACCUGUCCGCACUGCCAGCGACAGUCCAACACCUUCGACCCCUUCCUGUGCGUCUCUGUGCCCGUGCCGCACGAACACUUCACGCCCGUCUUUGUCACCGUCGUGCACACUGAGCAGACGCCUAGGCAGUACAAAAUAGGAUUAUCGUUACCUGUGGAUGCAGAAGUGCGAGAACUGAGGGAAGCACUGGCAUCUGAUACCAAAAUCGCUGCUCCUCAUAUGCUUAUAACUGAAAUCGAUGACCUAGGAUUUCAUCGAACAUUCGCUGAUAACCAGCCUGUAAAUGUGAUAAAAGAGAAUGAGCCUAUCUACUGCCUGCAACUUCCCCAGUUGAAAGAGACGACAGCUGACUCUGGUGAAUACAUACUGCUCUGUUGGGUCAACGUGCUCAUGCUAGAAGAUCAAUGUGCCAGGUUCAGCAGUCCGUUCACAGUGCAGAUGUGCCGCGAGACGUCGUACGUGGACCUGCAGAAGCUGCUGCUGAAGGAGAUGUCGUGGACACUGGGCGCGGACGUGCUGACAGCCGAGCAGGCGGUGCCGCUGUUCCGCAUCCGCGUGUGCGACGCGGGAGGCGCCACCAGUCAGGCGGACCACAGCUACCUGGAUGCGGCGCUCGACCAUCCGCUCUACGCCGAGGCGGUCGAUCAGGCGCUCGCCAUGUGUGACCCCAAUGCCGGCCAGCCGCAUGUCAAGUUGGUGUUGGAGUGGGAUCUCGAACUCGUUGCUAAGGAGAGUACGAUAGCGGAUGACAGUGACAUUGUGGAGGAGCACUUCACCGUACAGCAGCUGCGAUCAACCAUGGAGCAAGGCGGAUCUGUCACACUGGAAGAAUGUUUUGAGCUAUACACAAGAGCCGAAGUGCUCGGGGCAGAGGAUGCAUGGCAUUGUCCCAACUGCAAUUUGAAGCAGAAGGUUGUGAAGAAGCUAGGUCUAUGGACGUUACCUGACAUUUUGGUCAUUCAUUUGAAGAGAUUCCGACACUCGUCAACCGCUAAGAUACAGGCACCACUCAGAUCGCCGACAAAGCUGACAACCCUGGUCGAGUUCCCGGUGUUUGGCUUCGACAUGUCGCCGCAUGUGUCCUGCGGAGGCGGCCAGGGCGGAGGCGGUGGAGGCGUGGUGGAAGGGGGUGGCGGCACUGUGUGGUCGCACUGGAGGCGGCCAAGGUCACCGCCCCCACCCCCACCUCAGCCACCGCCCCACUCGUCAGACUACAUCUACGACCUCUACGCCGUCUGCAACCAUCACGGGCACGAUCUGCAGGGCGGCCAUUACACUGCGUACUGCCGCAAUCCGUACGACGCGCAGUGGUACUGCUUCGACGACACCAAAGUGGUUCCGAUUUCCGAGUCGAGUCUGCUGACUGCCUCCGCUUACAUCCUCUUCUACCAGCGGCGCGGUCUGCUCUCCCCCUCCUCGUCCUCCUCAUUGUUCGGGCCCGAGCAUUGGGCGGCCCGCCUCGUGCCUCCCACGCCCGAGGAACUCACCAAUGCUGAUAACAACUCAGAGGAUAAAAAAUUCGAGAGAAAUUCCAGAGCUUACUCGACGCUGCAGCCAUCUACUAAGAGGCCCAUCAUCAUCGACACCAAUGAGAAGUCGGAAGGCAAAGAUGCUAAGAGUGAAGAUGAGCCCACAUCUGAGACAUUAGUGCCGGAGAAACCACCGAAUGAGACCGAGGAAAAGGUUGAAGAAGUCGAACUGCAAUCGAAGUUGGAGAAAAUGGCGAACGUAUCGGCGAGUCCGAUCGUGCAUAUCGAUGAAGACCUGGAGGAGGAAUCGGCAGCCAAUCAUCCCCAACUGUCCGAGUCAAGAGUCUGACCAUUCUAUCAUUAUAUCAAGCAAACUACCGAUCCAAAGCAUCUGCAAACCCCAACACCAAUACGAGUGAAACACUUACAAAACUACUAUUAUCUAAAAAAUGUGUGUUUCCUCCAAAUGUCCCCAUUUUAUAACGAACUGUGGACAAUAUUAUGUUUUCCUCUUCGAGUCUGAAUUGAUAAACGCUGAGUAUCUUUUUACAGAAAUAUUUCCAUUCAUAAUCAUAAUUUUGUAAAACGUUUCUAUCUUUGUAUUUUGUAACAAUAGGAAGUUUCGAAGUUCAUAUCCUCCAUUAACAAUUAAUAUUGUCCCUAAAAAAUGUUAGGCAUCAACCAAUGUUUGUAGUAUUUUUUUCUAAAAUAUAGAGGAUUCCAAUAUUGAUGUAUUCUCACAUACAGUUCAUUCUUAUUAGGUUGGAAUAGUUGCCCAAUUUUCUUGGGGAAAGAAAGUUGUUUAUGAUGAAAGAGUAAUUUUCAUAAAUAAAUGGAAUUCAUGAAGUGUUGAGUACAUUAUUAUAAUCAAAACGAACAUCGUCAAUUACAAUUAUUAUCAUUAUACUCAAUUAACAUACUAAUUAUAUGUCAGUUUCUAUGGCCUGAGGCGUUUUGAAAACAAUUGAUAUUCAUUUCAAAUUUAUAUUUUUUCUCUUCAAUUUACUCCAUUGAUUUGAUUUUCUUCACAUUGGUUUUGAUAUAGAUGUCUACAUUGUUUUCAGUAUUGGGCCAACCGAAUUGAUUUGAAAGGAUGUAAUUCUAAUUCCUAGAAAGAAUGCACUUCUGCUAGAUUUGAACAGUAACUAAGAUGCCAAAUAUUAAGAAAACUGAAAUUAAAAUGAAAAUUAAUAGUUUUCUAGUUGCUUCAAUUUUGGUGCAGUAAUUCUGUUUUGAUAUUGAAUAAAAUUAUCCACUCGAUUGUGUGAAUUGGAAAAUUGCAAUAACAGCCACAUUUCAAAUGAUUGAAAGUAUGAAAAAUAUCGAACACUAUAAUUUUUAAUGAUUAUUUAUUCAAAAUGUUGGCUUAGAAUAUUGUAGUUAAAGAUUAAAAGAGUUCUGUGUUCAAGUAUUCUUUAUACAUAACUCAAAUUUUCUAUUUAGUUUUUAAAUAGAAGUAAUUUUCCAUUAUUCAUUGAAAACAUAUUUCUAUUUUUGUUUAUGUCCACACUUGGCUGCCAAUUGUUUUAAAUGUUGAUUUUAUGUUCAUGCUAACUUUUAUUUUUGUGAUUUAUAGGAUAUACUUGUUUUCAAAUAAUCCGUUAAUUAUUUUCAAAUACCCUUUGCACUAUAGUUUUCAUGUAUAUUUGUAUUUUCUGUUGAAUUAUAUGUGUAAGUUAAAUUUGUACUAUAUCGUAAUUGUGUCACAUUGGUGAUUUUUCUAGUGCACUUUAGUUAUUGUAUGUUUGUUAUUGAUCAUAAUGAAUUUUAUUUGUGGUGAUUGUAAAUGACAUAAAGUUUUGUGUCACUUGAAGAGAGAGCUAGUUCUCUCUCCUCUGUUGGAGAAAUACCGAAAAGUUUGAAUUUUCUUCAACACUCAAUUUUCAAUCCUUGUUCACAUUUCAUUUACACCCAGAACAAUAAUCAUUCAGCUCUACAGAAAUAUAUGAGCUUGUGGAAUAAAUAAUUGAAUUUUCAGUUGGGAAUAAUUGUUAAUAUUUAAUCAUCAAUGAUAUCAAUUAUUAUAUGAUGGAUCUUUAUUUUCAGAAAAUGUAUUUUUUCAUUCACUAUUUAGUUUGGUUGAGUUGAUUUUCUAGUAACUUCAGUCUUACAAAAUUCUUCUAAUCCUGUUAAUUGAUAUGUUUUAUUGAUAAUGUAAACAAAAUCUAUUUUAUUCACAUAUUCUAUCAUAAUAAUGAGUUUCCUAGAGCAUUUCUGUCAAUAUGAAACAAAUGUCUGAAAAUUAUCCUUACUAAUAAAAUUAUCAAAGGGGAGGCAUACUUCUAGCCUUACAAGUAAUAUAGUUUAAGAAUUAUCAAGAAUUUAUGAUUGUCCUAAAAAACUGUAAUCCCAUAAUAUUUGGGAUAUAUAUUUCCUAUUUAUACCGUAAUAAUAAUUUCUCAACAAUAAUUCCGUUUAUUUGCUAUUUUUGAUUUACUAAAAUGCCAUUUUCUUUUAAUAUUCCAUCUGGAGUUUGCAUUCAAUCAACUAGCAAUCGUAUCUUAUUUAAUUUUGUUUCAAAUGGUUUUUCAAUUCCUUUAAAUGAAUCAUUUGCCUUCUAGGCACAUCAUUGUAUAUUCUCCAUAAAUAUCACAAUCACAAUUUUUAUCUCCCUUAAUAAGAAAUGUUGAUCAAAAUAUAUGAAAUCUUCCAAUAAUCAGUAACUAAUAUGCUCAGGGCUAAAAUAUUUAUGUAUAAAGCCUGCAACAGAUUUGUCCCGAAUAAGGCCAAUAUACUAGGUUCUAUAAUAAAUUUAGCUCGAGAAAAAUUUAUAAUCAACUAUUCAUAAGUCAAUUGAUUUGCCUUAAUAUAAAACGGCAUAGAUUCAUUAUAUUGAUUCAGAUUAUCUACAAAUAUAUUUUCAUCAGUUGAAAUGAUUCAAGUGAUAUGUUACCUUGUGUGAUCGAUAAGCUUGAGAACCGAACGCAAUACUGUACCUACUAAGUUACGGUACAUAUUAGUGUACUAUUGCAUUCAAAAUAUUGUAUUAAAAAGUUCAUUAAUUGUAAUGUAUCACUAUUUUUUAUUAAGAAUUGUUGAAAGUUGACCUCUUUCAUCUGUGGUUCAAUUCUUGAAAUCGUAAGUCUCACUUAUCUUCUUCCUCAUUAAUUAUGUUCCAAACUCACUGAGGAUAAUCAGUCACUUAAUGAUUCAUCUCAAAUGUGCAUCUAUAGCUCUGGUGUAGAAUAGAUACAAUCUUGAGAAGCUGUAUAGCUUCAAUGAUAUGAAGCUAAAUGUUCAACCUUGAUGGGUGAUUUAUUUUCCUAGAUCAUUACGUUAGUAUAUUUAUAUGAAACUUAUAAUAUUUAACUCUUUGAAAAAUGUCCAUGGACGGGAGAGUAUAAUUUAUUUAUCAAGCAAGAUUUCAAGAAUUGAAGAUACCAAAAAUUUGUUCAGAAAUGAUUAUCAUUCCAAGAAGAUAAGCAUUGGACUAGUCAUGGAUCCGGUUUGAGCUGUAAGAAUGAAUGUAGAGAAAUUAUUAAUAAAAAAUUAUUUUAUGAAUAUCAAAUAAUAUAAUGUUGAAUAUUGUAAAUACUUUAUAUAUUAAAAGAUAUUUCCGAAAA